AGUCGGGCCGCGCCAGGCCGUGGCCGUCAGUCGGAGGCUAAACGCCACAACAAAAGGGCCAACCAACAGUAAGGGCUCCCAGUGCUUAGCGAGUGGUCGCAAACUCGAGAGUUCGAUUGCAGUCUCCAGUCGGACAGGACGCCAAGGGUUUUGCGAGAGAACCUACUACCUAGAGCCAGCGGGAUCAGGAUGUCGGACUAUUUUGAUGACGAGGAGCAGAGAAUGCUGAUCAUGCGCAAGGCGUUCCAGAUGUUCGACACGCAAAAGACGGGCUUCGUCGAGACGAUCAAGAUCUCGACCAUCCUGAACACGCUCGGCCAGCUGUUCGACGAGGGCGAGCUGCAGGACCUGAUCGACGGCGAGGACCCGGAGAACACGGGCAGGGUCAACUUCGAUGGGUUCGCUAACAUCGCGUCCAACUUCCUGCAGGAGGAAGAGGACGCCGAGGCGAUGCAGCAGGAGCUGAAGGAAGCCUUCCGAUUGUACGAUCGCGAAGGCAACGGCUACAUCACGACCAGCACGCUGAAGGAAAUUCUCGCUGCCCUCGACGAUAAGCUGUCGAACGAGGACCUGGACGGCAUCAUUACGGAGAUCGACACAGACGGUUCCGGAACGGUGGACUUUGACGAGUUCAUGGAAAUGAUGACGGGUGAAUAAACCGACAAUUCCGACCGGGUGCCUAAUCUAUCGCCUUCCGGGAAACCAGAUGCCACGUGUUCGUCAGUCAUGCUGCUGCUGCUGCUGCUGCUGCUACUGGAGUUUCUUAGUUUCGACCCAACCACAUUGAUGCACAUUUUGUUUUUCACAACAACCUCACCACACAACAAAACGCAACGGAGCCAGCAGCAUUACGUUUGCGGUGCGACGUUUCCUCUUCGCUUCGGCGCCAACGACGCUUUCGUGCCACACACACACACACACACACACACGGUCGUAAACAUUUUGUUUCCAUCCUCAACCGUGUUCCGGGGACAGCACCGUUUUUUCGACCGAUUCGGCGUUCGGUUCUGCCGAACAGCAAUUUGAAUUUUCAUUUCGCUGCCGCUUGUGAAAAAAUGGAAAUUAUCGCCUCGCCGAUAAGCGGCGAGUGCUGGGGGCGGGCGGGCCAUUGUCCAAUGGGGCCGCUUAAUCCUCGUUUUGUUGGCCGCUCUGCCGCUUUUUUCUGAUCAUUCUUUUCUCAUUGUUUUUCUGGCCACUCUGAGCGCAUUCGCUGGUCCAGCUUCUCCAUUCUCCUUUUUAUUCCGUUCGCUCCAGCUUGCGCGCGUGUGUGCGUGUGUUUGUGUUGCCCCUAAUCCCUUUGGUGGCGCCACACCGUUUCCUUUCCGUAAGGUUUGUCUUUGGCGUAGCUCCGGUUUUCCUUUCUUCUCGUAGAAGUAAUAAGAUUUGUACGAUUUAAUUUUAAUAUGAAUAAAGUGACGAUAUUUUCCA